GUUUAAUCAUAAACGGUAAAACGACUCAAGCAUUGCUAAUUGCUCGAAGAGGUGAACCGUAAAGUAUCUUUUGAGAAGGAAAACACCACAACUCCAAAAUGAAAUUUAGGGUUCAUGGAAGAUUUCCAGCAUUCAAUCAUUUCCAUCGCAUUUCAAAUCUCAAUGCUCUUCAAUCUCGCUACUUCAAUUCUUAUCUCCUUAAGAAAAUCCACACUUCUUCUUCAGCAAGAGCUUCCUUCAAUGGGGGAAAUGACAGCAGCAACUCUAAUGGAAGUGCAUAUCUGUUACCAGGAGCAACUGUUGCUACCAUUCUUAUGCUUGGUGCUCUUCAUGCUCGUCGUCUGUACGACGACAGAAAGGUAGAGGAAGCUAAAGAGAAAGGCGUAGAACCAGUAUUCCAACCUGAUGCAAAAGCUUCUUUUUUGAGGCUCCUACCUCUACGCACUAUAUCUCGAGUUUGGGGUUCAUUGAUGAGCACGGAACUCCCCGUACAAGUGCGGCCUUUUCUUUACAAAGCUUGGGCAAGAGCAUUUCAUUCAAACCUAGAGGAGGUGGAUUUGCCUUUAGAAGAAUACCCUUCUAUGAAAGAUUUUUUUGUUCGGAAGCUCAGAGAGGGUUCUAGACCUAUAGAUAAGGAGCCUCAAUGUCUGAUAAGCCCUGUGGAUGCUACUGUUGUGAGAUUUGGGGAAUUGAAAGAACAUGGAGGCAUGAUUGAGCAAGUUAAAGGUUUUUCCUAUUCUGUGUCCUCUCUCCUUGGAUUAAAUUCUUUUCUUCCCAUGGUCUCUGGAAAAGACGUGGAUGAAAAGAGCAGUGAGGUGGAUAAUGGUCAUGGGGAUCAAAUUAAGUCAUGGUGGAGAGUGUCUUUGUCGUCACCUGAAAUUCAGGAUCCAGUACCUGCUCGUCCUAUGAAAGGUCUUUUUUAUUGCGUCUUGUACCUAAGGCCUGGAGAUUACCAUCGUAUACAUUCACCUUGUGACUGGAAUAUUCUUGUCCGCAGACAUUUUUCAGGUCGUCUUUAUCCAGUAAAUGAGCGCGCUACUAGAACCAUCAGAAACCUCUAUGUUGAAAAUGAAAGGGUUGUUUUGGAAGGUCAGUGGCAACAAGGGUAUCUAGCACUUGUGGCUGUCGGUGCUACAAACAUUGGUUCAAUUGAGCUAUACAUUGAGCCAGAGCUACGAACAAAUCGACCUAGCAAAAAGUUACUACCAUCAGCUCCACCUGACGAGCGUGUGUAUGAACGAGAAGGUGUUGGCUUAAUGGUUAAGAAAGGGGAAGAGGUUGCAGCUUUCAACAUGGGGUCAACAGUCGUCCUUGUCUUUCAGGCUCCAGCAGCCAAUUCAUCGAAAGACAACUCUUCAACAGACAACUUCAGAUUCUGUAUCAAACGUGGUGAUAGAAUUCGCAUGGGGGAAGCCCUUGGGAAAUGGAACGAUUCACAGAAUUAAGAAUGAAAGAUUGAAAGCCAAGCUGCGUUUUGAAGCCUGUGAGCCUUUGACUCCUGUGAGCUGAGGGGAAUUAUAGUGUACACUGAACUCAAUCAAUGGCUUAGAAAUUGUUCAUGGAAUUUUUGGGAUAUGAGACGAGCUUUACUAGCAAAGAAUAUGAUCUCCAUUUACAAUGUAAAUGUCUGUUUUUAUCCCGAAAUUAGUAGAUUGCUUUGUGCUUCUUUUUAUAUCAGUAUAUGAGAUGGGAUUUCCAAAUUUGGAACCAUUAGGAACUCAUUUUGAUGAAAUUUUGAUAGAUUAUGUGCAUACAACUGCAGUGUCAGUCAGUCAUUAUAAGAGGUUAGCAAGAGUUAUGCAUUCUACUUAUGGUUUCUCAUAAGAAGCAUCUAUGCAAGAGCUUGAGUUUGGACAACAUGCCCAUGUCCACAAAACGUGCCAUGAAUGUAAGCUUAUAAACCAUUUCAAACAUAGAAACACGUAAUACCAAAGUAGCAAGUGUGAUAGCAACUAGCAAGCACCACAGUGCUAAUUCACUAAGACCAUCAAUCCUGUUUAGUUGCUCGUUCUGCUCAAAAUGUACUUCGAAUUAUAUACUUUCAGCAAUACAGAGUUGAAAAAAAGUUGUUUCUGUAAGUCUGACACUCUGACCAUAGCAACCCCCACAAAAAAGCGCCCAAUACACCAAACCCUGACCCCUCGAAUUCAAGUGUUUUGCUCAUACACAUGGUUUAAGUAAUACAAAUGUGCAAAUAACUGGAAACGACUACUUUCCUGAAGAAACAAAGCUACUUUUUUUAGAGUCUGACCAUGGCCACCCAAGUGCACCACC